AAUGAGGCUCAACCUAAAACCAAUGGGUCCAUUUCUCAGCAGGAUACUUCUGGAGAAAAAUUAUCCCUUAAACAGAAAAUAGAAAAGUUCACAAGAAAGAAUACAUGGGCCUCCCUUUUAGGAAAACAUUGGGAAGAACAUAGUGUGAAAGCCAACCACAAUACCAAGGAGAGACGUUCGAGAAAUCCAAGGGUGGAGAGACCAUGUAAAAGCGGUAAAGGUAGUAAGCGUGGAGGAAACUUCAGAAAGACUCGAAAUUGUAAUCGUCAUCUGCGCAAGAAUCAUCGUCCUGGCCUGAGACGGUACGAAUGCAGUCAGUGUGGAAAACUCUUCACCCAUUCUUCAUCCCUGAUGAGGCACCAAAGAGCUCACUCUGGACAAAAAUUAUAUACAUGUAAGGAAUGUGGGAAAGCCUUCAGUCGCCCUUCCUACCUACAGACGCAUGAGAAAACCCACAGUGGAGACAAACCCUAUGCCUGCCAAUCUUGCGGGAAGACAUUUCUUCGCUCCCACUCUCUCACCGAACACGUGAGGACUCACACUGGAGAGAAGCCCUAUGAAUGCGGGCAGUGUGGGAGAGGCUUCAGCUGUCCCAAAUCCUUUCGAGCCCACGUGAUGAUGCACACUGGAGGAAAGCCGUACGAGUGCAAGCACUGUGGGAAAGCCUUCAGGUGUCAGAAAUCCUUUCGAGUCCAUACGAUCAUGCACGCCGGAGCAAAACCCUAUGAGUGCAAGCAGUGUGGGAAAGCCUACUGCUGGACAACAUCCUUUCAGCGCCACGUGAGAAUUCACAAUGGAGAGAAACCCUAUAAGUGUGAAACAUGCGGGAAAGCGUUUGGUUGGCCCUCCUCCUUACACAAACACACAAAAAUGCACGCUAAAAAGAAACCCGUGAGUGGGGGCAGCGUAGGAAAGCCUUCAGCGAGGCCUCGCCCCUCCACAAAUGUCAAAUUGCAAACUAGAGAGAAGGUCUAUACAUGUGGAAAAUGUGGAAAAACGUAUGGUUGGUCCUCAUCUUUACGCAAACAUGAGAGAAAGCACACGGGAGAGAAACCUGUCAAUGCAGCCAGUGUGGGAAAGCCUUCUGGUGGGCUUUGCGCUUCUAAAAAUGUAAGAAUGCAGGUUGGAGAGAAGCCCAGUAAGUGCGAAAAAUGUGGCAAAGCUUUCAUUUGUCCCAAAGCCUUUCAAGGUCAUGUGAGAAGUCACACAGGAAGGAAACCCUAUGCAUCUAAGUAAUGGGAGAAAACCUGUGCAAGUUAACUCACAUAUCAUGGUUCAGGAAAUUCACAGCAGGAGGGCCGGCGCAGUGGCUCAGGCUUGUAAUCCCAGCACUUUGGGAGGCUGAGGUGGGUGGAUCACGAGGUCAGGAGUUCGAGACCAUCCUGGCUAACUGGGUGAAACCCCAUCUCUACUAAAAA